AUGGAGGUGACGGGUGGCGAGGAGUACUAUAUCGCCUCAGACAACACGGGCACGCCGCUCGCCAUCUUCAGCAGUAACGGCCAGAUGGUAAAGCAGCUGCAGUACACGGCAUACGGGGAGCUGUUCCACGAUUCCAACCCGGACUUCCCCCUGGUCAUCGGUUUCCAUGGCGGCCUGUACGACCCACUCACCAAGCUGGUCCACUUCUCCCACCGGGACUACGAUGUGCUGGCGGGCCGCUGGACCGCCCCCGACCACGCCCUUCUGCCCAAGGUUGGCCGAGACCCUGCCCCCUUCAACCUGUACAUGUUUAAGAACAAAAACCCGCUCAGUGACCCAGCGGACAUGCACAGCUACGUCACGGAUGUGAAGAGCUGGCUGGUGAUGUUCGGGUUUCAGCUGAGCAACAUCAUCCCAGGGUUCCCACGGCAACCGCUCUACUUCUCCGACCCUCCCUACGAGCUGCUGGCCACCCAGCAUGAGACCAUACAGGCCCAGACGGGGGUCCAGUAUGCUGCAGAGCGUCUCAACCAGGCCUUCAUGGCGUUGGAGGGCCGUGUUCUGGAGAAGCAGCUCUCCUCCGGCAGAGACAAGCCUGGGUUCAGCUUCGGCUCCCGGGCCCCCGCCAUCAUAGGGCAGGGCCAGCAGCUGGCCAUCCGAGAGGGUCACGUGAAUGCGGCUGUGUCGGCACUGGCGGGGGAGGACGGCCGCAAGCUGGCGCAGGUGCUCAACGGCGCCCUCUACCUGCAAGGGCUACACUACACACUGGAUGGACGUGACUGCCACCAUUUGGUGAAGUUGGGCGCGUCAGAGGGAGACUUGCAAGCGCUGGGGCUGAGCGGCGGCCGCAAGACGCUGGACAAUGGCGUCAACGUGACGGUGAGCGGCCGCUCCCGACGUGGCGUCACCGUGGAGAUCCACACGCCGGCCAUGUCACUAAGCGUGCGUUAUGGGCUGGCAGGGGAGGUGCUGGAGAAGGAGCGUGCACGCCUCCUGGAGGCUGCCCACCAGAGGGCGCUGGCGGGGGCAUGGGGGAGGGAGCAGACGCAGUACCCUGAGCUGGCAGACAGCAGCAGCAACAUCCAGUUCCUCAGGCAGAACGAGAUGGGCAGGAGGUAA